AUGUUACUGUCAUUGCACUUGAGCAGCAAUAAUUUUCAAGGGGAAAUACCAUUUUUAAAAAAUUGCAGCAAGCUUAUCACUCUUGAUUUGGGACAAAAUAAGCUUACAGGAAACAUACCAAUAUGGAUUGGAAAAAGAUUAUCAUCCCUAAAGAUCUUGUGCUUACGAUCAAAUAGCUUUCAUGGAUCAAUUCCAUUCGAGCUGUUCAAACUGAAAGGACUUCAGAUUUUGGAUCUUGCAUAUAAUUUUCUUUCAGGACCAUUGCUAAAAUCAUUGAAGCUUCUUGAUGCAAUGACCAUAAAAAAUAAGAGGCUUGAACCUUGGAUUCACCUAGAUGGUUUUCGCUUUCCAUUUACGGAUCAUUCUAUUUUUAAUAAGCAUGUGCCAAUUUCCUUAGAAAUAACUUUGCCAUAUUCAUUAACGAUUGAUGUGAAAGGAAUAGAAUGCGAGUACACAAAUAUAGUACUCUCUCCUGUGAAGACAAUAGGCUUUUCUUGUAACAAUCUCAAUGGAGAAGUUCCAAUUGAAUUAACGAGCUUGGUUGGGUUGAUCAGUUUAAAUUUAUCUAGAAACAAAUUCAUCGGACCAAUCCCAAUAAAUAUUGGUUUUAUGCAAAGUUUAGAAUGUUUGGAUCUCUCGAUGAACUAUUUCUCAGGUGAAAUUCCACAUAGUAUUGUGAAUUUAAAUGGAUUGAAUCAUCUCAACUUAUCCUACAAUCAACUAUCAGGAAGAAUCCCAAUUGGGACCCAACUUGACUCAUUCAAUGAAUCAAGUUACUAUGGAAAUCCCAAGCUCUGUGGAAAACCAGUCAUUAAUACUUGUGAAGGUGAUGAGCAUGCUAUUCACAAUGGAGGACACAAAUCUCAUGAUGAUGAAGAUAAUUUUGAUUUGUACCUUGGAAUGAGUCUUGGUUAUAUUAUUGGACUAUGGAGUGAUGAUAAUGUUGCUUUUUGUGUAAAUAACCUUAUACCUUCUCCCUUUCUGUCUAUUGAUUCGAAUCAUGGUGUUGGUGUUUAUGCUGAUAUUGCCAUAGUUGAUUUGGGUUUAAUUACUUCUCACGAUACUAUUGUGGUAAUGCUGGAAUUGGGGGAGGGUGUUUUGGCUUCUAGAGUGGUUAGGGAGGUUGGCAUUGUCGUGGUUGCUAAUUCUUCAAUUGUGGUUGUUGAGCCUCUAGCGGGUUCUAUAGGCCCCAUGAAAGAUCAUAAGAAUAUAGCCCAUAGUUUGUUCCAUGAUAAGUUGGAUGCGAUGAACAUGGGGUUUUGUGAUGUUUGUUACAACUCAAGCUCUCGAGUUUAA